AUGAAUAACAACCAAAUACGUCCGCAGCUUUCACCUCAAGAUGCUGCAGCCAUGCUUGCUCAAUUACAACAACAAAAUCCGCAGAUGUAUGCUCGUCUUCAAGCUAUGCGACCUGAACUAAUGGAAACAGGCAAUGAACAUCUUUUGAAUAACGCUUUGGCUGCUGGUGCAAGCGGACAUGGGCAUGGGCAUGGCCAUUCUCAUACUCAUUCGUCAUCGUGUUCACAUUCUCAGUCACAGAUGCAUUUUUCUCAACCUGUUCCUGAACCACCUCCAAAACCAGAUUCUACACAAAUGAGUGCUGUUCAAGCUGUACAAUAUAAUGAAAUAGAAAGAGUUAAGCAAUUAAUUGAAUCUGGUCAAGUAGAUGCCAAUACGCCGGAUCAAGAAGGAUGUUAUUUAUUACAUUGGGCAGCAAUUAAUAAUCAUAUAGAAUUAAUUCGAUAUUUAAUUGCAAAAGGUGCAACAGUAGAUCUGAUUGGUGGUGACCUUAGAUCAACACCAUUACAUUGGGCAUGUCGACAAGGUUGUGCAGAAGCAUUCUUUCUGCUUGUUGAUAAUGGAGCAUCAAUUAAAUCAGUUGAUGUAAAUGGUCUUCAACCAAUUCAUAUUGCAGCUCAAUAUGGUCAAAUCAAAAUUCUUGCUUAUAUACUUGGGUCUGGUGUCGAUGUUGAUUGUGUCGAUGAACGAGGUUUUACACCAUUAAUGUAUUCGUGUAUUGGCCCAUCGGCGAGUUAUGUUCCACUUCCAAAUUCAUCACAUACUUGUUGUACACAAUUUCUUUUAACAUUCGGUGCAGAUGUUAAUCGUCAGGAACCAACACGGCAUUACAGUGCAUUGCAUUUUUCAAUAAAUAAUCAAAAUCCAAUAAGUUUUCACGCUCUAUUAAAACAUCCACAAACAAAUAUUCAUCUAAAAAAUGGUGAUAAUUUUGAUCCAUUAAUAUUUGCGCGUAUGAGACAAAAUUGGGAUGCUGUUGCACAACUUGAACGACGCAUACAAUCAACGAAAGCACAUGUAAAACCAGUAUUUUUACAACGAUAUCUUGCCAAUGCAGGCAUUCGAAAAUGGUUGACAAGAUUUUUCAUGCUGUUUGCUAUGACAUUAAUUGGUUUAUCAGCCAAUUCAUAUGAGCAUAGCUAUUGGCUACGUAUUUUAUUUCCAAUUGUGGCCAUUUUUCUUUGUAGCCAUUUGCUUAGUUAUUAUGUAUUUGAUUCAAAGUCAGUAGAUCAUUUUGCAUUUGCAUAUCUCAUAUCAUCAACACUAUUGAUGUAUGCUACUUAUUGGAUUUAUCUGCAAGAACCAAAAUUCACAAUAUUGGAUAUGAUUUAUCAUUUCUCAACCGUAUAUGGUCUUUAUUGCGUACGUUGUAUUAAAACAUUGAGUCCAGGAUUCAUAAAACAACAAAACAUGACAUUGGAAGGAAAUAGUUUAACAAAAGAAAAAAUUUGUAUUGCAUUUGCACGUGAUCCACGAUGGACUUUAGAUCACUUUUGUGUUACUUGCCUUAUACGUCGACCAUUACGAUCAAAACAUUGUCCUGCUGAUGGAUCAUGUGUAACAAAAUUUGAUCAUCAUUGUACAUGGCUUAAUGCAUGCAUUGGAGGUCGAAAUUAUUUUUAUUUUUUACGUGUAUUAACUCUUGGUACAAUAGCACUAAUGAUAUGGAUGUACACAGCGUUGCAUCUUAUUUUUGGUGAUUUAGAACAAUAUUCAAUAAAAUAUUUAUUGACACAAGUCUAUGAUCCUUGGUUUAUUUAUAUGUUAAUAUUAACAACAUUCAAUGCAGUAUGGGUUGCACUAAUGACAUCAUUCCAUUUGAUAAAUGCAGUAUUUUUAGGUGUAACACUUAAUGAGCGUCUAACAGGUUUUCGUUAUAGUUAUUUUCGUGAUGAAAAUACAGGAAAGCAUACGAAUCCUUUUGGAAGGCAAAAAUUCAAAAAUUUUCUUGAAGCAUUUGGUUUAUUUCGCUUAAUGUCAAUGUGUCGCUAUACUCGUAUUGAUUGGUCUCAAGUCUAUGAUAUUAACCAAAUCAAUGAGGCAAAAAUUAAUUAA